AAAGCACGAAAACAAAUAUACCACAUUCAAGCCAAACUAGGACCAAUAGUAAGAAAAUUGAUUCCCAACUUCUUGGUAGCACAUUACACAUAUAUCGUAUUUUGGUGCAUAAUCGGCUCCAUUUUGAUCUACCCAAAGAAGAACAUCAAAUACAUUGAUGCUUUGUUUUUCGCUGCAGGAGCGUCGACCCAAGCCGGACUCAAUACAGUGGACACGAAUAAUCUGAGCUUAUACCAACAAAUAGUUAUCUACUGUGUGACUAUGUUGACAACUCCAAUAUUCAUUCACUCGGCAAUCGUGUUUUUGAGACUUUUCUGGUUCGAGAAAUCAUUUGAUGACAUCAAGGAAAAGUCGAUGCAAAAUUUCAAGAUGCGUCGCUCCGCAACCCUCGCUCAGUUCAGAACACAAACAAUGGAUACCUCUAGGAGCAUCCAUCAAAACCGAACCAAUACCACAGGCUUCCAAAAUAAAGAUUACAAUACUCACAAUGCUUCUGAAGAUCUAGAUGAGUAUACUGUUCCUAUGUCCUCUAGUUCAGGUGGAUCUCCGGAGACAAAAAACCUUGAGAAAGGGCAAGAUAUAGAGCUGGCCGAUCUUUACGCAUCCCACAAUUACCCAACGGACAUGGGAGGCGUGGUACAUUACAGCGAGCCCAGUGACGAAGAGGGCGCGCAAGAAGUUCAAGUUCCCGAGACACGAUCGAAAGACAUCAAGUUUGUGGACUUACCGAAGCCACCUAACAAACGGAGGAAUAAGGAUGUUGAGCCACGUGAUCUGUAUAUGUCCAUUUCUAUGAUGCAGCAACAAAGAGAUAAUAAUAUUGCAGAGGACGAAUCUGGGCCGGCACUAGUUAUACAGGGCCCUGCAGAAAGGACAGGAAGCAAGCUUCCGGGCCAUAUUAGCCGCCAUGAGAAGGAACAGAAACGCAAACAGCUGAAGAAAAUCAAAAAAAUGGAAAAAAUGCAAGACGAACAUCCUUCCGCUUUUUCAAAGCCUCCAAAAGAAAAAUCAAUCCAGUUUCAGGAUCCAGCCAGACCACGCAAAGGUUCAACAAUUAAAUGGGAAUCCCAAGUCCCUGUUCCGGUGCCCGAAGCAACAGAGGACGAAAGUGCGUUGAGCGAUGAAAUGAAUUCAAGCUUGGAAGACGCAGGUGAUGAUCCGCUAGCCAACGAUGAUCUCAGCGACGAGGAAAAUGGAGUGGGUUUUCGCCAUGUGGGGAGAACACAGUCUCAUGUCAUGGCGAUGCCAAAUGGAAAGCAUGGAACCAAACUUGAUCGAAGAGCUCAUACUUUUGAUGUGCCAGUAGAGAAGAAAUCGGAAUCACACAAGAAAGGUGUCAAUAUAGUGAAAUCGCCAACUUUUGAUAAGAUGCUACGCAAAAAUAUGAAGGACAAGUACAACAGAUUCACCAGAAUUGGGAGACGUUUUACAUCUUCUCGCACGGGCCAUUUCAAUGCAUUCACGGAUGAUAUCGAGACUUUAUCAGAUAACGAUCUUGCUAGUUUAUACUCAAAGUCUAGCAAACACGCCCCAUCGAACUAUCUCUCCUGGACACCAACCAUUGGCAGAAAUUCCACUUUCGUGGCGUUAACAGAUGAACAGAAGGAAGAGUUAGGUGGUGUGGAAUACCGUGCUUUGAAAUUGCUCAGUACCAUUCUAGUUUCUUACUACAUUGGCUUCCACCUCGUGGGAAUCAUAUGCUUUGUUCCUUUCAUAACAAAGAGAAUGAAGUAUUUGAAUAUAAUUAGAAGCGACGGCGUCGCCCCUGCUUGGUGGGGUUUUUGGUACCCCCAAACAUGUUUUAACGAUUUGGGAAUCACUCUUACCCCUGACUCAAUGAUAUCAUUCAAAGAGAACGCAUUUACUUUGAUUUUAGGAGGAUUCUUGAUCGUUGCUGGAAAUACAGGGUUUCCAAUUUUUCUUCGAUUCAUCAUUUGGGUAUUGCAUCGCUUCUCGAGGCCGCUCACGCUGUAUAAAGAGUCAUUGGCGUUUUUGUUAGAACACCCGAGAAGAUGUUUCACGUUGCUGUUUCCGUCGGGGCCCACAUGGUGGCUCCUUUUUGUGUUGGUUGUGUUGAAUUGCAUUGACUGGUUGCUUUUCAUCAUUCUGGAUUUUAACAAGAGCGUCUUGGAAAGCGUGAGACCGGGAUACCGCGUCUUAGAUGGACUUUUUCAAGCUAUAUCCACUAGAACAGCAGGCCUGUCAGUUGUGGAUUUGUCUCGGUUGAGUCCUGCUGUACAGGUGAGUUAUCUCGUGAUGAUGUACAUUUCUGUCAUGCCGUUGGCAAUAUCUAUUAGACGAACUAAUGUCUACGAGGAACAAUCCUUGGGUGUUUAUUUUGACAAUAACGACGUUAGUUCCACGAACAACGCGGAUGAUACCAAUAACAGUAAUCAAAAGGGGAAAAGCAACCAGACUAUAUCUUUCAUCGGCACACACUUGCGCAAACAGCUGUCUUUUGAUUUGUGGUUCUUGUUUCUUGGUCUGUUCAUCAUAUGCAUCUCGGAGGGUGGAAGAUUAAAUCAAGGUGAUAUACAUUUCACUAUUUUCAGCUGUCUUUUUGAAAUCACUUCUGCUUAUGGUACUGUGGGCUUGAGUCUAGGUUAUCCAAACACAACUCCAUCCUUUUGCGGCCAGUUCAACACUUUAUCUAAAGUGGUGCUCAUUAUCAUGAUGGUGAGAGGUAGACAUAGAGGUUUGCCUUACGCAAUAGACAGAGCUAUAAUGCUUGAGACCGACAAGAUUAAGAUGCGGGACGAUUUGCAAGCUCACCAUACUUUGAGGCGGGCUCAAACUAUGGCUUCAUUACCGACGUACGCAUCGUCGCACCAUGGCCCUUUGCUGAGGGUCAAUACAACUCGAAACGAGGGAUUCGAUACGAGCAAUAUC